GAGAAAUUACGGCGAAAACCCUCCGUUUGCGAUCGUUUGCUCUAUAAAUUUUGGCCGCCGAGUUGGUUGACGAUAAAUGACCGACGAAGAAGCUGAUCGCGUCGGUGCAGAUCUUCUUCUUCUUAUUCCGGAGCAGCGUCCGCGGAAGAAGAGGGAUUUGGCUGAGGCGGGGAGCUUUGGAUGCCAUGAGAGGCGGUUGAAUGGUUCCGUGGCGUUUCCGCGUCAUCGCUGAUAAGCUGGCGAAGAUGAUCGGGGGAAGAGGCGCUGAUGACGGCGACGACGAUUUCUCUCUUCCAUUCGAUCACCCGAUCGAUUGCCGCUCCAACUCCGUCGAUGUUCCUCAUAUGCGGCAGCGGUUCGAUUGGGAUUGCGGCCUCGCCUGCGUGCUGAUGGUCUUGAGGACGGUAGGUCUGGAACAGUUUGAUAUCCGUGAUCUUGAGAAGAUUUGUGACACGACGAGCAUUUGGACUGUUGAUCUAGCAUACUUGUUGCAUAAGUUUUCCGUGAAAUUCUCUUUCUUGACCGUGACAUUAGGUGCAAAUCCAGAGUAUUCAGCUGAAUCCUACUAUAGAGAGCAACUGCAAGAUGACAUAGAGAGAGUGAAUGGGCUAUUUGAAAAAGCCCUAGAGGCUGGGAUCAACAUACAAUGCAGAUCCAUCAGCGCGAAGGAUAUAUCUCUCCUAAUAUUGACAGGCCAAUGUGUUGCAGUUGCUUUAGUUAACAAGAUCAAGUUGAGUCAAUAUUGGACAAAGGAUGCACAGGAUGCUGACUGCUAUAUGAGCAACUCAGAUUACAUGGAAAUAAUUCCUUUACCUAGGGCAUUAUGUCGUGAUAUGUGGCUUUGAUCGAGGGAGUGGCGAAUUUGAAAUAAGAGAUCCUGCCAGUCCAAGGAAGCAUGAGAAACUUUCAAUAGAAUGCUUGGACGAAGCACGGAAAUCUUUCGGCACCGACGAGGAUAUCCUACUGGUAAGAUUUUAAGGUUAGGUUAACAGAUUUACUUAUUACAAUUGUAUCAGCCUCGCAAAUACUAGCAUAGAUGUCUUCUAGAGUGAUCUGGAUUAGGAAUUUCUAUCGAUUGCUCGCUCGAGAGGACGAUGAACAUGAAAACACAAAAUUUUGUUAUUUUUCCUUAUGAAUUAAAUAGUGUCCCGAGUCACAAAACCACACAUGAUCUUCAUAUUUUGUGCUUUAAUUAUGCAGAUAUCUUUGAGUGGUAAAAAGUUUACAAAUCUUUCGUCCAGACUCGUAAAAUAGAAAUGCCAAUUAGUCUUCUUCAUCUUCCAGUUAUCAUCACCUCAUGGUUGGGUGGCUAUAUGCAUCGUUCAUCCUUUGCAAAUUAUAUAUUUAUA